UCGGAAGAUUCAGACCGGAAUCAACUCCGCAGAAAUCGUAACAGGUAACAGGAGCACUUUGAAUGCCUCGACAGCCCGAGUGUUCAGCGUUCUAACAUUUGACAUGGAAUACCUUUUCCUCAGGUUUGCUUUCCUAGCGAGCUGUUUGACCCUCCAUGCGGGUACGACUCUUCGCCUUGCAGACCGUAUCCAAGGGCAGUGCUUGACUGACACGCUUAAAAUCAAAAUUGCCCCCGAGUUUCUUGAGGCUCACAACAUCACGCUGUCAGCCAAAGACAAAAACGGUGUUGCCCAUUCGCUGGGCUCUUCUCUGGACGCCAAAUGUGGUUACAAGCAGCGGAGGAACUCCAGAGGAGGCCUGGAAGUGUCUGCGUCGCUCAUGGCCUGUCACGUGUAUUUGAAGCAGCAGCGGCAGCAGCAGGAGGCCCGCCUGGUGUUCACGGUGGGGGUGAGCUACGCGCCCCGCGACGGCUCCGGCCCCGGCGCCACCGAGUCCUUCUCCUUCUCCUGCCCCCGCAGGCCCGGCCGCGCCCGCAGGAGGGUGCUGUGCGAGGAGGACUAUAUCGAGGUGUCCCUCAACAUCGAUGUUCCCUUUCACCAUUCAAUGGACAAGCAGGCCCGGAGCCAGGAGAGCCCCUGGUACUUCACGGUGCAGUACCCGGAUGGCAGCAUCGUGACCCGGGACCAGGCCUGGAUCUGGAAUCAGGGCAUCGGGCUGAACGUUGAGCACUUCGACGGCUGGAUCGCCUUCCGCGUCCCUCAGAGCAGCCCCCUGAUCAUCCGAGAGGAUCACCAGGGCUACCAAUCCUUGGGGUUCAAGGUGGUGGCCAAGCACGAGGAGCUGCUCAUCGGACUGCGCUACGACCUGAGCGCCGUGUGUCCCGUCGUCCAGGUGCGCUGCGAGGGCAGCAACGUGUCCGUGUCCGCCGCCAACCUGCGGCUGCCCGCCCGAGGGGCGCCGACUGAGGACCUGGGCCUCCUGCUGCAGCUGGACGGGGUGUCCCUCUCCCCACAGGACGCGGCGUCUCGGGGGUACGCCCUCCAGCUGGGGGACUCGGAGAUCCGGGCCUCCUUCGCUGUGCGGGACAACCCCCUCGUGCCAGGGGGCCCCAGCGUGAUGAACAGACACCAGCUGUCCCUGGUCCACAUGUGGAGAGAUGGAGCUGACCAGCGCAACAACAAAGUGGUCAUCCACGUCCCCGGGCACACGUGUCCCAGUCCCCCCGCCCAGCCGGCGUUCUCGGUGACGAUUAGGACGGAGGGCUUCAACAUCACCUACGGCCCGGUCCCCGGAGACUACGUUCUGACCAGCAUCUCUCUCGACGGUGUCCUGUUCCAGUCCGUCCAGGACCUACCCAGGGGUGUGGGCGUCCGGCUUGUCAGAAGAGACCGCCUGCUCUUCGUCUUUGUCACCGCUCGCUUCGGAAGCCGCUUGCUUCCUCGUAAAUAUGCCGGAGGCUUCACUUCCCUGUAUUCUACGAGUCCAGCACUCCUGUUCAAGUCCCCCGAUCUCCGAGAGGUGAUCGCGGAGGAGAAGGAGACCUACACUCACCUUCGUGAGGACAUCGUGCUUCCCGUGUUGGAGGGCUUCUGCAGGAACAGCAGUGUGUGCUUCAACGUGACCCGAGGGAACGCCGACCUCUUCUGGAGCUUUUACAUCUGGGACACCCCCUUCCAGGCGAAGCGGGCGGCCGAGCGCGGGCAGUCCUACGCCAGCUACAGGGCGCACCUGACCUUCUGCGUCGACGUCCGCUCUCCCGACCUGCUGCACCAGGGCGUGAGCCAGGAUCGCCGCCUGCUGCUGCUGGCCGUCUCGUUUCGGGACCGGGCGAAGGGAGGCGUGAUGGCGACGGCGCGGCAGGCCUGCCCAUUCCGCCCUGCCGGGGAGCUGGAGUGCACCGCGGACGGGCUGUUAAAGGCUACGGGCCUGCGGCUGGCGGCGUCCCCCCUGGCCAGCCUGGACCGGCUGACCCUGCGCGACCCCAGCUGCAGCCCCUCCGAGAUCUCCGAUGGGAAGGUGUCUUUCAGCUUCCCGGUCUACGCCUGCGGUACCCUCCGGAAGGUCCACGGGACUCAUGUGGAGUACGAGAACAGGAUCUCCAACGAAAACGCUCUGCCGAAAGAUGCGCCCGAAUACCUCAAGUUUCACUGCAGUCUGCUGUGCUUCCUGUGCAGAUCCACGCUGGUGUGCCGCUACAGCGAGGAGAACACCCUGCCUGUGGUGAACAAUGAGGAUGAUCUCGGGAGGAGAAGCGGCUGUAGCGCCGUGAACAUCUGGUGCGAGGGGAGACGCCUGUGGCGGGACGGCCCUCGCCCCGUACCCCGGCCCUGCGCUCUCCUGCAGCAGGGCCGGGGGUCGCCGCCCGCCUCGGCGGCGGUGUCCGUGCGGUCUCCCGGACAGCGGUGUCUUGAAAAGGAGUCUGGGGGCACCGUGUCGCCCGCCAGCCUCUUGCCCCUGUCCGAUUCCAACCGAGCUGUGUGUGUGUGUGUGUGCGCGCGAGAGAGUGUGGAGGCUGUGAACCUGCUGCCUGCCUGGGUGGGGCAGUGUCUGUGUGUUGUUCCCCGGUCCAGGGGGAGCGAGUCCCGAGAGGGCUCCCAGACUGCGGAGAGCGAGGGCCGGGUGUCUGCCCUGCGUUCCUCAUCGGGUGUCCGCUGUGGAGAGCGCGGCAGUUGGGGAGCCCGGGCUCGUGUGACCUUGGGAGGAAAGACCCCUCCGCCCGCGCUGCGGAUUCGAACCCGUGACCUCUGCUCUGCCCUGGACGGACGGGCGGGAGGCCUGGCCAUGAGAUUGCUGGGCGGCCCCUCCGAGCCCCUCCGGGGUCGUCGGCGUGCGGUGAGCCUGAAUGAUUCCCACAACCUGAUGGUGGUCCACUGGGCUGGAGAGAAGAGUAACGUCAUUGUGGCUCUGGCCCGGGACAGCACAGGAGCCCUGGAGCCCAAGACCAGCUCGGUCUAUGUUUCCUAUGAUUAUGGCGCCUCCUUCCAGCCGAUUUCGCACAAGUUCCAGCUGACGGGUGACAAAGCAGGCCGCAAGCAGGUCAUUGCCAAGUUCUACCAAAGCCCAGCGGACAACAAGAGGUACCUCUUUGCGGACACCACCAACGGCUACCUGUGGAACACCUUCGACUUCUGCCGCACGAUCCAGGGCAUCCUGGCCCCCUUCCGGCCCACGGACCUGCUGCUGCACAGCAAGAUGCCCAACCUGGUGCUGGGCUACGACAGCACCCACCCGAACAAGCAGCUGUGGAAGUCGGACGAUUUUGGCGAGACCUGGGUGCUGAUUCAGGAGCACGUCAAGGCCUACUUCUGGGGGGUGGAGCCCUACGACGCCUCCACCACCGUGUUCGUCCAGCGCCACGAGCCCCUGCACACCUCCAGCGUCCUCAGCAGCACCGACUUCUUCCAGAGCGAGCCGAACCGCCGGCUGAUCCUGGACCGGGUGGACUCCUUCCAGCUGCGCGACAAGUACAUGUUCGCCACCAGGAACGUGAGCCUUCUGGGAAGCCAGGGGCCGUCCUCCGUGCAGCUGUGGGUCUCCUACAACCGCCAGCCCAUGAGAGCAGCCCAGUUCAUGACUCGCCACCCCAUCACGGAGUACUACAUCGCCGACGCGUCCGAGGACCAGGUGUUCGUGUGCGUCAACCACAACGGCAGCGUCACCAACCUGUACAUCUCGGACGCGGAGGGGCUGAGCUUCUCCCUGUCCCUGGAGAACGUGCUGUACUACAGCCCGGAAGGCCCGGGCAGCGGCUCACUCAUCAGGUAUUUCGCGAGCGAGCCCUUCGCGGAUAUCCACCGCGUGGAGGGGCUGCGGGGGGUCUACAUCGCCACGCUGACCAACGGCUCGCUGACCGAGGAGAACAUGCGCUCGGUCAUCACCUUCGACAAGGGGGGCACCUGGGAGCUGCUGCAGCCGCCCGCCGCUGACAGCCUGGGGGGCACCCUGGACUGCGAGCUGGCGAAGGGCUGCUCGCUGCACCUGUCCCAGCGCUGGAGCCAGCUGCUCAACUUCCAGCUGCCCCGGAUGCCCAUCCUGUCCAAGGAGUCGGCCCCCGGCCUCAUCCUGGCCACAGUGAAAUAUCUGCUGCAGGAGCCUGAACUUAUUCGCUCGUCCAUCCCAGGACAUCACGCAACACAGGGACUAGCGCUGGCCGGUCCUCACUACUACAGCUGGGGCGACCAUGGGGGGAUACUGGUGGCCAUCGCCCAGGGGGGCCCCACCACGCAUCUGAAGCCGGACCGUCUCACCGGCUUCGCGCUGCUGGAACAGUUCGCCGUGCUUUCCUGGGGGACGGCCGCUGCCGUCACCCUGGCUGCGGGCGGUGUGUGCGUGCCCGCGCCAGGCUCGGUGGGGAGGAACCUGGCCAACAAGCCCAACGUGUACGUGUCCAGCAGCGCGGGGGCAAGCCGGGGAGGGGAGAGGGAAAACCUGGGGGGGGUGGCUGGAGGACAGGCCGGACGUCUCCGCACCCCGCGGGGAAGCUCGGUCAGCCCGUGCCUCUCUCCCGGCCGUGCGACAGGGGUGCCCUGCACGGAGAGCGACUACAAGCUGUGGUCCCCCUCGGACGAGCGUGGCAACGAGUGCCUGCUGGGCAGGAAGGCCGUGUUCAAGCGCAGGACGGCGCACGCCACCUGCUUCAACGGCGAGGACUUCGACCGGCCCAUCACCGUGACCAACUGCUCCUGCACGCGCCAGGACUACGAGUGUGACUACGGCUUCAAGCUCAGUGAGGACCUGUCUCUGGAGGUGUGCGUGCCCGACCCCGAGUUCUCUGGCCGGCUGUACGCCCCUCCAGUGCCCUGCCCGGUGGGCACCACUUACCGGCGCACCAGAGGGUACAGGAAAAUAGCGGGGGACACCUGCGGCGGAGGAGACGUGGAGGCCAGGAUGGACGGAGAGGUGCUGCCCUGUCCCGUGGGAGAGAGCAACGAGUUCCUCCUGUACGCCCUGCGCGGCUCGAUUCACCGCUACGACCUGUCCUCCGGCACGGACGAGACCCUGCCGCUCUCCGGCCUGCGGGAGGCCGUGGCCCUGGACUUCGACUACGACCGGAACUGCCUGUACUGGGCCGACAUCGCGCUGGACACCAUCCAGCGGCUGUGUCUCGACGGCGGCUCCGUCCAGGAGGUCAUCGUGAGGAAGGGGCUGCAGAACGUGGAGGCGCUGGCCUUCGACCCCGUCAGCCGGCUGCUCUACUGGGUGGACGCGGGGGCGCAGAAAAUGGAGGUGUCGAACCCGGACGGAGACCUGCGGCGCACCCUGCUCAACUCCACCGUGCUGGAGCACCCCAGAGCCCUGGUUCUCAUCCCGAGCGAGAGGUGGUUGCGUCGCUUGGGAGCAGCUAACGAGAUCUACUGGGACGACUGGUCCAGGAUGGGCAUCUUCAGAGCCCCUAAGACUGGCUCCAUGAACAGCGAGCAGCUCGUGGGGCGCCUGACUGGAGUCAUGGACCUCAAGAUCUUCUACAAGGGCAAGACCCGAGGACACAACGCCUGCGCUGACCAGCCCUGCAGCCUGCUGUGCCUGCCCCAGCCUGGCCAUCGCCAUACCUGCGUCUGCCCCGAGGGGGUGGUCUCCGCCAACGUGACCUCCGGGCAGCAGUGCCAGUGUCCCUCCGGUUACCACAUGCAGAACCACACCUGCGUCAAGGCAGAGCACUCCUGCCUGCCCAGCCAGUACCGCUGCUCCAACGGGAACUGCAUCAGCAGUAUCUGGCAGUGCGACAGCGACAACGACUGCGGGGACAUGAGCGACGAGCAGGGGUGUCCCACCACAUCCUGCGACCCCGACGUGCAGUUCCGCUGCGUCUCCUCGGGCUCCUGUAUCCCCCUGGCGUUCAAGUGUGACCACGAGGACGACUGCGGGGACAACAGCGAUGAAAACGACUGCGAGAGCCACCAGUGCCGCGAGGACGAGUUCAAGUGCGCGCGAGGCGUCUGCAUCCACGCGACCUGGCGCUGCGACGGCGACAACGACUGCCGGGACUGGUCCGACGAGGCCAACUGCACCACCGGGCACCACACCUGUGAGGCAGACAGUUUCCAGUGCCGCACGGGCCACUGCAUCCCACAGCGCUGGGUGUGCGACGGGGACGACGACUGUCAGGACGGCUCAUGCUGUUUGUCUCCGUGUCUGUCCUGUGCAGCAGGCGAUCACUGCAAGGGCUUCAAGUGCAGCAACGGCACCUGCCUGCCCGCCACCCGGCACUGCGAUGGCAGGGAGGACUGCCCAGGGGGCGCCGACGAGCAGAACUGCGAGCCCUUGUGCACGCGAUACAUGGACUUCGUGUGCCGGAGCCGCCGGCAGUGCCUGUUCCAGUCGAUGGUGUGCGACGGCGUGCGGCACUGCGAGGACGGCUCCGACGAGGACGCCGGUUACGCUGGCUGCUGUGAGUCCCCUCCCUCUCGGCCCCGCUCGUGUUCGCUGGCAGGGUCCUCCCGAGGAAGUCCUGCGUGGGUCUGUGUCCUGCGUGGACAGGCCAGGAGCGCGGAGGUGAAAGGUCAAGCGCUGACCUCGGGGCGCUGUCGUCUUGUUGCCCCCGCAGGAUCAGACGUGUGGCCCCAGCGCACCACGCCCGCCGGCCCCGCCUCCUGCCCCCCCAACCGGUUCCGCUGCACCUCGGGGGCCUGCAUCGUCGACAGCUGGGUGUGCGAUCGCUACGCCGACUGCCCCGACGGCAGCGACGAGGAAGACUGCCCCGCCGGUGAGUGCCUCGGGGUGACGAAGGGGCACACGCUUCGGGGGCAGAGAGGGGCUCGUUACACCGUCAAGCCAGAGCACAGCCUCUUGCCGACAGCUCGGAGCAGGAUAACAGGGGCUGGUGAUCCCCGCCAGGCCGGCCGGAAGGGGUUGACGUCGGGGUUCCCGGGGGUGAAGGGCCCCUCUUCUGGUUUUGCUGCUCAUUGGGUGGGGCUGGGCUGCCCCACCCGCGGGGCCCUGACUUGCGUCAACGGGACGCUGUGCGCGGACGGCGAGGCCUGCGUGUCCCCCAGCGAGCGCUGCGACGGCUUCAUCGACUGCUCCGACCAGAGCGACGAGGCCAACUGCUCCGCCGACUCCCUGGCCUAUAAAGUUCAGAAUCUGCGCUGGACUGCGGACUUCUCCGGCACCGUGACCUUGACCUGGUCCCGACCCAAGAACCUGCCGCUGAACUCCUGCACGUUCGUGGUCUAUUACAGGCAGGUGGGCUCGCAGUGGAGUACGGUGGAGACUCACACCAGCAAGUCCAGCUACAGCCUGACGCUGCUCAAGCCGGACACCACCUACCAGGUCAAAGUGCAGGUGCAGUGUCUCAGCAAGCUGCACAAGAGCAACGAGGUCGUCACCCUGCGCACGCCGGAAGGAUUGCCGGAUGCCCCCCAGAAUCUGGAGCUGUCCAGCAGCGAGGAGGAGGACGGCACCGUGAUCUGCAAGUGGCUGCCCCCUGCCAAUUCUCACGGCCUCAUUCGAGAGUACAUCGUGGAGUACAGUGAGAGUGCCAGUGGGCAGUGGACCUCCCAGCGCAGCUCCAGCCUCGGCAAUGACCACACGGAGAUCAAGAGCCUGCAGCCCGACCUGCUCUACAACGUCAGGGUGGCCGCGGUGACGAGCCGGGGAGUGGGGAACUGGAGCGAUGUCAAGUCGGUCACCCCCCAGAAGGGCAAAGCUCUCCCUGCCCCCACUGUGCGGCUGGACGGCACCACCGAGAGCUCCUUCACCGUGACUCUCGGCCUCGGCGCCCAGUACCAGGUGAAGCGGUUCGUGGUGGACGUGUCCUGGCUGUUCGACGCCCACGUCAAAGAGAACAGAACCGUCUUCGUCGAGGGCACGAGCCCCACUCACACAGUGGGCAACCUGACGGCUGGCACAAUGUACGAGGUGGCGGCGUGGGCGCAGACCAGCGUGGGGGACAGCCCUACCUCCUUCUCCCACCUGCAGACCCACGGAACCAGGCCCGACCCACCUCAGCUGAAGGCCCGGCCCCUCAACCAGAGCAGCGUGGACUGUAGCUGGUCCGGCCCGGAAGCGCAGCUCUACGGCCUGUACUAUGCCACCUCCUUCCUGGAGCUGUACCGCGGCCCGCACCGCCUCACCACCUCCGGCACCAACCUGACCGUGACCGUGGACGGCGACGAGCAGUACCUCUUCCUGGUGCGCGUGGUCUCCCCGUACCUCGGCCCCCCCUCGGACUACGCUGUGGUGAAGAUGAUCCCCAGCAACCGGCUGCCGCCGCGCAACCUGCACAGGGUGCGGGUGGACAAGACCCAGGCCACGCUCAAGUGGCAGCCCCCCUGCGACUACCCCAGCGAGGCCCUGACCUACGCCAUUCACCUGCGGGACACAGUGAGGAAGGCGGAGAGGAGCUUCAAGGUGAAGACGGCAAACAACACCGUGGAGUACACCCUGCGCUCGCUCGAACCCGGGGGCCGCUACAGCGUCACCGUGCGCCUGGCCAACAUGAGCAAGGAGGCCAGCUACACCUUCAGCACAGUUCCUCUGCCGGCGCCGGACGCCCUGAAGAUCCUGUCGGAGAACGACCACAUCUUCCUGUUCUGGAAAAGCCUGGCGCUGAAGGACAAGAUCUUUGACGAGAACAGGGGGUACGAGGUUCACGUCUACGACAGCGUGACCAACUCCAGCACCUGCCUGGGCAACACCACCGAGAACUUCCUCCGCAUCAGCAGCCUCCUCGCGGGGCACAACUACACCUUCUCCGUGCAGGCCCGCUGCCUGCUGAAUGGCCAGCUGUGCGGGGAGCCCGCCCUGCUGCUGUACGACGAGCUGGCCGCAGGCGAGGGGAGCCCCGCGGCCUCGCAGGCCGGGCGGACGGGGGACGUGGCGGCCGUGGUGGUGCCCGUGCUCUUCCUGCUGCUCCUGGCGCUGGGCGGCGGCUUCGUCGUCCUGUAUGUGCGGCACCGCCGCCUGCAGCACAGCUUCACGGCCUUCGCCAACAGCCACUACAACUCCCGGCUGGGCUCCGCCAUCUUCUCCUCCGGGGACGAGCUGGGCGACGAUGACGAGGACGCCCCCAUGAUCAGCGGCUUCUCCGACGACGUUCCCAUGGUGAUAGCGUAGAGGAGCCCGCCCCCCGCGGACUCUCCCCGUCUCUCUCUCCCUCUCUCUGCUCGUCCCUCUCCCUCACUCUUGUGUCCGCGACUGUGCCUGCUGGAGGCGGCUGGUGGGGGGGCAGCCAACUCCCCCCCCCCUGACCCCUGGCAAGCGGAGGGGCCGCGUCUCCGGGCACAGCUCCCUUCCGACUGCGGAGCUCGCGAGGUUCACGAAAGAAAUAUUUUUGAAAUAUUCAAUGCACUUUUUAGGAUGCGCAAUAACUUAUUUUUAUAUGUAGGUAGGUAGGUGGGGAUGGAAAAAAAAACGGACUUUAGAGGAUGAGAAAAACUGUGAAGGAGGUGCGCGUUGCCGGGGCUUUUCCGCCAGCUGGUGGGGGGGGGCAGGGCGUCGUGCUUCAGCCGAGCUCGGGAUCCGUCGGCAGCAGAACGCCUCGAACCCUAACCCGACCUCUGGACCGCUCGCCCGAACCAAAACUAAACAGGUGUGUAGACCCCUCUCCCUGCCUGCUGCUGCCGGCGAUGAGCUGGGCUGAAGAUCUGAGGCGCGCGCGACACGGAAACCUGUCCCCCCGCUUCACUUCCUGUCCCUUAGGCCUGGAGGAGCCUGCGCGCCGGCUGCUUUUGGACCAGGAUGGCCAGGGACUGGUCUAACCCACAGGGGAGUCACACACUGGACCUGCCUGUUCCAGAACUGGUCUUUUGAGAAUGCCAAACUCCUUACCUCCAUGAAGCAAAUACACCCUUAUAUAUAUAUACACACACAUGAAAGAAAUGCCUGGCCUUCACACACCUAAAAGAGCUGUUGUAGUUCCUGGAUGUGCCAAAACCUUUCAGUGCUCUGGGGCAGGAGGACCAGGACUCGACUUCCUUUAAGGUUCUCGGUGAAAACCGUGGGAGCAGAGACAGCAUGGUAAAGCAGCGAACAAGCUGAAAUAACCAGGGGGACAAGACCGGAUGUGAGCCUGUUCCUGGUCAGCUUCCCUGCCGAGAAUCCCCAGACAGGCGGCCGUUCUCCGAUGGUCACCACUCACGGCAGCCGGCCUGCAGCCUCCUGGGAAAGGGUAGGGCUGUUUCCGUGCCUGGGCUGAACCCGUACGGUCGCAUCCGACAGGUGUGCCAAUAGCUAAAAAAAAACCACCACCGAGUUCAAACUUGUGGUCUGAGGCCCCGCUCCCCCUCCCCAUCCCCCUCCGUGCCGAUUUUAAUGUCGCUGUGUCUGUCGACGUGCGAGAGCCAUUUUUAACUGGAAGUGGGUUUUUUUUUUUUCCUUUUCCGUUGGCCUUCUUUUAAAGAGGUGUCCUCGAUGAAUGUAUUUUUAAUCUGUGUGAGUUCGCAGCUUGGAAGCGCUAGCGGGACGGUCACGUCACGGGGCGGAGCCAGCCGGCCAGUUCGCGCCCGCGCCGAGCGUCGCUCCCGGCCUGCCCCGCCUUCCCGCGCCCAGAGGGUCCUGACUCAUCACGGUACUACGGUACUACUUCCCCUGUGCCUGUCUGCGCUGGGUACGCCCCUAGUCCCUUCGCCCCUUUGACUUGGAGCAGCUCUCCCUGUGAGAGAAGUGUCCUCAUCCCAGCUCUCGCCUCCCUCGCUGAAAGACGUCAGCGGGCGGGACGGAGGCCGUUUCUCUAUCGCUGAGGGGCCUGUCGCCGCUCAGCCCGGCCAAUAGGAGCUCACCGCUGACACCAAGAGGACUGUGCUCCGCCCCCAGCGAUCUCCUCCUGCCUGGUCACCCGCGUGGUCAGGAUCGGGGGGGGGAUACAGCGGCGGACCACCAUCCCGCUCUGAAUGCGGGCGGCGCAGUUGCCCAGAUGCCCCGGCCAGAGGGGGGCGCCCUCAGCCCGCUGCCCCAGGGCGUGACGUGACUGAAGCCUAUCACUCGGUGUCCGGAUCACUGCAGGGCUGCUGACACUUACUGUUAGUGUUGACGUUUCUCACGGUACUCGUUUUGUUACUGGUUUAAAAUUUUAUUUUAUUUUUUUUUACAUUUUGUUGGCCUUAAGAUAAUACUGAUUUCCACUGUGUGCUUUCGGAUAUUCAGUGCCACUCUUGCCUUAGUAGGACGCCGUGCUUUCGUGUUUAUUGGGCAAGCACAGCUGCAUAAAUAAUAACGAUGCCGCCCUGAGCCGCUGACGCAAGGUGCCCGCGUUCGGAGAGGGGAGUCCUGCCCGCCCGCUAUCGGUCUCCGGCACUAAAUUCCCAGGCUGUGCCCUGGGCACAGUGGGCGACUCAAGGUAAAACCAUUUUUCCUGAAGUUCCAACGGGCGUGUUGUGAACGGACCGCAGGGUUCAACUGUUGUUCCAACAACCUGCCUUUGCUCUCGGGGUGAAGUCGGUAGAAUGGAGAUUAGUUCUAGGACAAGACUUGCCUCAGCUCCAGACGGGAUCGGGGGUUCUGAAAGGCUCCCCUCUCCUCGUGUGGGUCGAACCCGGGGUCAGCCCGCCCGGGGCGGGCCGCCUGCUCGAUCGCUGGGGCCGGAUGUCGGACUGGGUUUUCAGAUUUUUGUUUUAUUUUUAUUCGUGUUGCUGUAAAUAGCAGAAGGCGCAGCACCACCUCUCAGGGUCAAAGGUCGUGCUGGCCGCGUGGUCACUUAAGAAUGUGUGUUCACUCUUGUGUUUCAAUAAAGGUCAAAACUUGGGUUUAUAAACCCGACGG